GCUGCUGGAACUAAGAUGGCGGCCUCCAGCGCCAGACUCUGAGGGAGUUGGAGUGGUGUUAGCGGCUGCCCGCCCGCCCGGCCAGCUGGAGGGGUGAGGGCUCCGCUCAGCGGCCCUUCGCCUUUAUCGCCGGCAGCGGCGGGAAGCGCAGUGCUGGUGGGGGCAAGGGUCCGGGCAGCGCAGGCUCCCCGGCCAGGUCUUGGCACAGAAUGAAUGUAAUUAGAGAAAACAGAGAUCUUGCUUGUUUCUACACAACAAAACAUUCAUGGAGGGGAAAGUAUAAGCGAGUCUUUUCAGUUGGAACCCAUGCCAUCACCACAUACAAUCCCAACACGCUAGAAGUUACAAAUCAGUGGCCUUAUGGAGAUAUCUGUAGUAUUUCUCCUGUUGGAAAAGGACAAGGAACAGAAUUUAGUCUCACUUUUCGCAAAGGGAGUGGAAAAAAGUCUGAAACACUUAAGUUUUCCACAGAGCACAGAACAGAACUCCUUACAGAGGCACUGAGAUUCAGGACAGACUUCUCAGAAGGAAAAAUCACAGGACGGAGGUAUAACUGCUAUAAACAUCACUGGAGUGAUACGAGGAAAUCUGUGGUUCUGGAGGUGACUCCUGGAGGUAUUGACCAAAUCGAUCCUGCAACAAAUAAAGUCCUGUGCUCCUAUGACUACAGAAACAUUGAAGGCUUUGUUGAUAUUACUGGUUAUCAGGGAGGCUUCUGUAUCCUCUAUGGAGGAUUUAGUAGAUUGCACCUGUUUGCAUCUGAGCAGAGGGAGGAAAUUAUCAAAAGUGCAAUAGAACAUGCUGGCAAUUUCAUAGGUAUCUCCCUGCGGAUAAGGAAAGAAUCCCUAGAAUUCGAGCAAUACUUGAAUCUUCGCUUUGGAAAAUACAGCAAUGAUGAAUCUGUAACAUCUUUAGCAGAGUUUGUUGUUCAAAAAAUAACACCUAGACACUUGGAACCUGUGAAAAGAGUACUUGCUCUUACAGAAGCUUGCUUAGUUGAGCGGGAUCCAGCUACUUAUAACAUUGCAACUUUGAAACCUUUAGGAGAGGUAUUUGCAAUAGUAUGUGACUGUGAAAACCCUCAGCUUUUUACCAUAGAAUUUAUCAAAGGACAGAUUCGGAAGUACUCUUCAACAGAAAGAGAUUCUCUCCUGGCUAGCUUGUUGGAUGGAGUGAGAGCUUCUGGUAAUAGAGAUGUCUGUGUGAAAAUGACCUCUACGCACAAAGGUCAACGUUGGGGAUUACUCAGUAUGCCUGUAGAUGAAGAAGUAGAGAGCCUUCAUCUGAGGUUUUUGGCUGCUCCUCCAAAUGGUAACUUUGCAGAUGCUGUGUUCAGGUUCAAUGCUAACAUUUCCUACAGUGGGGUACUACAUGCAGUUACACAAGAUGGUCUGUUCUCGGAAAACAAGGAGAAACUCAUUAAUAAUGCCAUAACAGCAUUACUCUCGCAAGAGGGAGAUGUUGCAGCAUCUAAUGCAGAGCUUGAAAGCCAAUUUCAAGCAGUAAGAAGACUCGUGGCUUCAAAAGCAGGCUUCCUUGCCUUUACUCAGCUUCCAAAAUUUCGAGAACGAUUAGGAGUGAAAGUUGUGAAAGCCCUCAAAAGGAACAACGAUGGAGUAACCCAUGCCUCUAUUGACAUGCUUUGUGCUCUCAUGUGUCCCAUGCACGAUGACUAUGACUUGAGGCAGGAACAGUUGAACAAAGCUUCCCUUCUUUCUUCAAAGAAGUUUCUAGAAAAUCUACUAGAGAAAUUCAAUUCCCAUGUGGACCAUGGGACGGGUGCCCUAGUAAUUAGUUCACUUCUGGACUUCCUGACAUUUGCCCUAUGUGCUCCAUAUAGUGAGACUACUGAGGGGCAGCAGUUUGACAUGUUGUUGGAAAUGGUGGCAUCUAAUGGAAGAACACUAUUUAAGCUCUUUCAGCACCCUUCCAUGGCAAUUGUGAAAGGAGCAGGUUUGGUAAUGAAGGCAAUAAUAGAGGAAGGAGACAAAGAGAUUGCUACCAAAAUGCAAGAUCUUGCCCUCAGUGAAGGUGCCUUACCUCGUCACUUGCACACUGCUAUGUUUACAAUAAGCACAGAUCAGAGGAUGCUUACAAAUAGGCAGUUAAGUAGACAUUUGGUUGGCCUCUGGACAGCUGAGAACAAAACUGCUAUGAACUUGUUGAAACGUAUUUUGCCACCAGGUUUGCUGGCGUACCUUGACAGUGCUGAUCCUGUUCCUGAAAAAGAUGCCGAUAGGAUGCACGUUAGAGAUAACCUGAAAAUUGCAACUGAUCAGUACGGCAAGUUUAACAAAGUGCCCGAGUGGCAGAGACUGGCUGGAAAGGCUGCAAAGGAAGUUGAAAAAUUUGCCAAAGAGAAGGUGGAUCUAGUCUUGAUGCACUGGAGAGAUAGAAUGGGCAUAGCUCAAAAAGAGGACAGAAACAAUAUGAACAUUAUUCAAAAGCCAGUGAUAUUAAGGAAACGACGCCAAAGAAUAAAAAUAGAAGCAAACUGGGAUCUCUUCUAUUACAGAUUUCUUCAGGAUCAUGCUCGAUCAAACUUGAUUUGGAACUUCAAAACACGGGAAGAACUGAGAGAUACUCUUGAGUCUGAGAUGAGAGCAUUUAAUAUUGACAGAGAACUUGGUAGUGCUAAUGUUAUCUCAUGGAACCAUCAGGAGUUUGAGGUAAAAUAUGAGUGCCUUUCUGAAGAAAUAAAAAUAGGGGACUAUUAUCUAAGAUUGCUACUGGAAGAAGAUGAAACCGAAGAGAGUGGAGCAAUCAAAAAAUCGUAUGAAUUCUUCAAUGAACUAUACCAUCGCUUCUUGCUUACUCCAAAAGUGAAUAUGAAAUGCUUAUGUCUGCAAGCAUUGGCCAUUGUUUAUGGAAGAUGUCAUGAAGAAAUAGGACCAUUUUCUGAUACAAAGUACAUUGUUGGGAUGUUAGAAAGGUGCACUGAUAGGCUCGAGCGGGACAGAUUGAUACUGUUUCUCAACAAGCUGAUCCUUAAUAAGAAAAACGUGAAGGACCUUAUGGAUUCAAAUGGCAUUAGAAUCCUUGUAGAUCUGCUUACUCUGGCACAUCUUCACACAAGCAGAGCUACAGUCCCUCUGCAGAGCAACGUGAUUGAAGCAGCGCCUGAUAUGAAGAGGGAGAGCGAGAAAGAAUGGUACUUUGGCAAUGCUGACAAAGAAAGGAGUGGUCCUUACAGCUUUCAAGAGAUGCAGGAGCUCUGGAACAGUGGAAAGCUGACUUCCAAAACACGCUGCUGGGCUCAAGGUAUGGAUGGCUGGCGACCAUUGCAGGUCAUCCCUCAGCUGAAGUGGUGCUUGCUUGCCAGCGGCCAGGCUGUGUUGAAUGAGACUGACCUUGCCACGCUUGUACUCAACAUGCUCAUCACAAUGUGUGGAUAUUUUCCCAGCAGGGAUCAAGACAAUGCUAUUAUAAGACCUCUGCCUAGAGUGAAGAGGCUGUUGUCAGAUAGUACUUGUCUUCCUCACAUCACUCAGCUAUUACUGACUUUUGAUCCUAUCCUUGUGGAAAAAGUCGCUAUAUUGCUGUUCCAUGUCAUGCAAGAUAACCCUCAGUUACCUCGUUUUUAUCUGAGUGGAGUAUUCUUCUUUAUCAUGAUGUACACAGGUUCCAAUGUACUUCCUAUUGCAAGGUUUUUGAAAUACACACAUACAAAACAAGCCUUCAAGUCUGAAGAAACAAAAGGUCAAGAUAUAGUUCAAAGAAGUAUACUUGGACAUAUUCUUCCUGAAGCAAUGGUGUGUUACUUAGAGAACUAUGAACCAGAAAAAUUUUCUGAGAUAUUCCUUGGAGAAUUUGACACCCCAGAAGCAAUUUGGAGCAAUGAAAUGAGGUAA